AUGUGCAACCAAAAAGUAGGGAUCAAAAAUGCAGACAUGAUGCAGCAGGACUCAGCGGAGUGCGUGACCCAGGCACUGGAGAACUACAACACAGGUAAGGAUAUCGUGGCCCAUAUCAAGGAGGAGAAUGACAAGAAGUACAGCCCCACCUCGUACCACAUCAUGGGGAGAAAAUUUGGUAGUCAUGUGAUACAUGAAACGAAGCACUUCGUCUACUUGUACCUGGGCCAAGUAGCCACUCUUCUCUUCAAAUCUGGUUAA